AUGCCUCUUAGACUGGACAUCAAACGACGGCUGACGGCCAGGUCGGACCGGGUGAAGAGUGUGGAUCUCCAUCCAACUGAGCCCUGGAUGCUGGCCAGUCUGUACAACGGUAGUGUCUGCGUGUGGAACCAUGAAACUCAGACACUUGUGAAGACUUUUGAAGUUUGUGAUCUACCAGUAAGAGCAUCUAAAUUUGUGGCAAGAAAAAACUGGGUCAUCACUGGAGCAGAUGACAUGCAAAUCCGUGUGUUCAACUACAACACUUUGGAGCGAGUCCACAUGUUUGAGGCACAUUCUGAUUACAUACGAUGCAUUGCUGUUCACCCAACCCAGCCCUACAUCCUUACGAGCAGUGAUGACAUGUUAAUAAAACUGUGGGACUGGGAGAAGAAGUGGUCUUGCAGUCAAGUCUUUGAGGGUCACACUCACUAUGUCAUGCAAAUUGUUAUCAAUCCAAAGGACAACAAUCAGUUUGCCAGUGCAUCUCUGGACAGAACAAUUAAGGUGUGGCAACUUGGUUCGUCUUCCCCAAAUUUUACCCUGGAGGGUCAUGAGAAAGGGGUCAACUGUAUUGACUACUACAGCGGAGGAGACAAACCUUAUCUCAUCUCUGGUGCUGAUGAUCGGCAAGUGAAGAUCUGGGACUAUCAGAACAAAACCUGUGUUCAGACACUUGAGGGGCAUGCUCAAAAUGUCUCAUGUGUCAGCUUCCAUCCCGAGCUGCCAAUCAUUAUUACAGGUUCAGAAGAUGGCACUGUGCGCAUCUGGCAUUCGAGCACUUAUCGUCUGGAGAGCACUCUGAAUUAUGGUAUGGAAAGAGUGUGGUGCGUUUGUGGCCUUAGGGGCUCAAAUAAUGUGGCUCUGGGUUAUGACGAAGGCAGCAUUAUUAUAAAGGUUGGUCGAGAGGAGCCAGCCAUGUCUAUGGAUGCCAACGGAAAGAUUAUUUGGGCCAAACACAGUGAAAUUCAGCAAGCUAAUCUGAAAGCUAUGGGAGAUGCAGAAAUUAAAGAUGGCGAGCGUCUUCCUCUGGCUGUUAAAGACAUGGGCAGCUGUGAAAUUUACCCCCAAACUAUCCAACAUAACCCCAAUGGAAGAUUUGUGGUAGUGUGUGGAGAUGGGGAGUAUAUCAUAUAUACUGCUAUGGCUUUGAGGAACAAGAGCUUUGGAUCAGCCCAGGAGUUUGUUUGGGCACACGACUCGUCUGAAUAUGCCAUAAGAGAAAGCAACAGCAUUGUGAAGAUUUUUAAGAAUUUCAAAGAGAAGAAAUCAUUCAAGCCUGACUUUGGAGCAGAGGGAAUUUAUGGAGGCUUCCUGCUUGGUGUCAAGUCUGUUAACGGCUUGGCAUUUUAUGAUUGGGAAAAUACAGAACUUAUACGCCGCAUUGAGAUCCAGCCAAAACAUAUAUUUUGGUCGGAUUCUGGUGAGCUGGUCUGUAUAGCCACAGAGGAGUCCUUCUUUAUUCUGCGUUAUAUGGCGGAGAAAGUUGCUGCCUCUCAAGAAAACAAUGAAGGUGUCACCGAGGAUGGAAUUGAAGAUGCUUUUGAGGUCCAAGGAGAGAUUCAUGAGAUCGUCAAGACUGGUCUUUGGGUGGGAGACUGUUUUAUAUACACAAGCUCUGUGAACAGACUCAACUACUUUGUUGGAGGAGAGAUUGUCACCAUAGCUCAUCUUGACAGAACCAUGUACCUGCUGGGUUACAUCCCCAAAGAUGACCGUCUGUAUUUGGGUGACAAAGAGCUUAACAUUGUUAGCUACUCCCUGCUGGUUUCCGUUCUUGAAUAUCAAACUGCUGUGAUGAGGCGAGACUUUGGAAUGGCUGACAAGGUUCUCCCCACAAUCCCCAAAGAACAGCGCACCAGGGUGGCACACUUCCUUGAAAAACAAGGUUUCAAGCAACAGGCACUGGCUGUUUCAACAGACCCCGAACACAGGUUUGAGUUGGCUUUGCAGCUUGGUGAGCUGAAGAUUGCUUAUCAACUGGCUGUGGAGGCAGAGUCUGAGCAAAAGUGGAAGCAGUUAGCAGAGCUUGCAAUCAGCAAAUGCCAGUUUGGCUUGGCGCAAGAGUGCCUCCACCAUGCUCAGGACUAUGGUGGUCUUUUGCUACUUGCUACUGCCUCUGGGAAUGCCACUAUGGUGGGGAAGCUGGCUGAAGGAGCUGAGAAGGAUGGAAAGAACAAUGUUGCCUUCAUGACCUAUUUCCUUCAGGGAAAGUUGGAUCAGUGUCUGGAGCUUUUGAUCAGAACUAACAGACUACCCGAAGCCGCUUUCCUCGCCCGCACCUAUCUGCCCAGCCAGGUUUCUCGUGUAGUCAAGCUCUGGAGAGAGAACCUGGCUAAAAUCAAUCAGAAGGCUGCUGAGUCUCUGGCCGACCCAACAGAAUAUGAGAACUUGUUUCCUGGACUUAAAGAAGCCUUUGCUGCGGAAUAUUACCUCAGAGAAGCGUGUUUGGGCACUUCUAGACCUGCUACAGAUUACCCCCUUGUCACUCCAAAUGAAGAUAGAAAUAUUCUUGAAGAAGCUCAGGGGUAUGAACCAAAAGGAACAUUUACCGUCACUGUUUCAAAGGAGAAUACUGAAGAGUCGCCUGCAGUGAUUGAGGAUGCGGUCAUGCCAAAGCCUGAAUCUGCUCCAUUCAUGGAGAAAAUUGAGAAGGAGGAAGAGCCAACAUUUUCACAAUCUGAAAACGAAAAGGUUGUGGAUGAGCUAGAAGUGGACCUGGACAACUUGGAGCUGGAAGACAUUGACACCACUGAUGUAAACCUUGAUGACGACUUCUUGGAUGAUUGA